CAAUCGGUGUCCGACCGAAACGAAAGAUCUCACAUUGGCCAAGGAAAAUUCUACGACAAAAAAUCGUUAGCAUUUCCGCCAUUAGCUUUAUUUUAAGUAAAGGAAAAUCGACAAAAAUUUACGACUAGGCUACGUAGAAUCUCACGCGCAAGAACAGACGACGAAUCUAAAGCAAAAAUCUAAAAUAAAUCCGUAGUUAAACAGUUGAAAUUGUUAAUAAAUUUCAACGAAUUGAAGAGCAAUUCAAUAAGCUAAACGAACACAGUAACAUUAAGUCUUUGCCUUUAAACGACAUAAUAUAUUUGCGCCUAACGGUUUUUGUAGUAAAUGUCAAUAUACGAGUAAAUCAGAAAAUUCUCACGAACACCGCUACAAAGAAAAGUGUAAAUACAGUCCUAAAAAUAUAUUUAUUUAUGUGUGAGUGCUUGAAUAAAAAUUAUAAUAAACAGUUAGCAAGUGUAGUAAACGAAUAACUGUAAUAUAAAGGACACACAAUCAAAAUAUAUAUAUUGAAAAAAUAAUACUUUAGUUGAUUAGUGAAAACCACACACCACAUAUAUAUGUACAUACAUAUAUAUUCACAUCAAUGCUUAUGAAACUCGAAUCCUGUUAGUAUAUAUAUUGAGAACAUUGCGACUAAUUGAGUAAAUUUAUAUAGUGACGUCACUUCCGUUAUUAACACGAAUCAAAAAGUUAGAAGAAUCGCCUGUGCGCGUAUCAUUCUUCGUACACUGUAAAAAAUACUGCACCAAUUGCUUCCAACAUAAAUAAUUGCGAACUUAGCGACAUAAGCGAUACAAAGCGAUACGGCAAGAAAGGAGAUAUUUCACGAAAAAAACCUCGCUAACUUGAAGUGAUUAAAGGUGCACUACAAGCAGAGGUCAAGAACUAAAAAAAAGUGAAGCUUGAAACAGUGCCUUAACCAUAUAUGAAAGUGAGUGAAUUGCAGCAGCUCGAGCAACGUAGAGCUGCAUUGAAACCGAUAACUAGCCCAAGGAUUCAAAAAGUUUUGAUAAAACGAGUUUAAGGAAUCCUAAGAAGUGCCAUUUAGAAUUGUAUAAGGAUAUUUGAAAUAUAUCGUAGAACUGAGACCAAAGAAAACACACAGCGUUUACACAAACGGAUAGACAAAGAGGAAACGGAGCGAGCUGCUUAGCUGAAAAUUCUUUUUUAUAUUAAAGAGGAAAAUAAAACAGACUGUAACUCUAAGCACCCAACUGUAAAGCAUUUGAUUAAUAUUUAUAUACUUAUUAUUGAAAUAUCUAACUCGAUUGGUGGUUAGAAACGCUUACACGCGCACUCACCUAUUGCAGAGUGAAACAUAUGGUAUAUAAGCACUUGACGUUUGAUCGCUUGAACAGAAGCAGCAGUGAUUUGAAUCAAAAAAUCAAAAGAAGAAUCAUUGAGAACCUUUCGAAUGGUCGGACUUACCACAAUCUUAGAAUUUAAUAGAUUUAAUUAUAUAAAAAAGUAGUUACGAAAUUAUGGCAGAUAAAUAUAGCAAAACGACCUCUAGCAGCGUGUUAGUUGAAAAGAACGACAGAAAAAAGGCUACAAAUGCGCAAGCGACACGCCAGUUGCCCGGCGAUGGCGCUUGCAGUAGCGCGCAUCCUAAAAAUGUGCAAAUCCUAACGAAGUUGGCCAGCACACUGAGCGAAAGCUACCAGCUGGUCAAGCAACGACAAGAUAAAUACAAAGAACUGAGCUCCAAAAUGGGCGGUGCGGACGCACCACAGCUCAUAAGCUAUACACAAGAUGGUGACGAUGGCAGCGCCGGCGAGUGGCAGGAAGUGAAGAAUAAACUGAAGCGUAAGAAGAAGUUAUCCACUUCAUUGACGUCCGUCAGCGACUCGGUAAAUCAAGAGAAGCGCACACGCAUCGAGGGAAUUCAGCUGAAUUGCCGCGGCAAGCUGCACAUCACCGAACUGCCGACGCCAGUGCCACAAUCAGCCACACGCACUUAUGUUAGUGCUGGUGUGGCACAACGCGCCGAACGCUGGGGCGGUGCGAAGCCAUCGCCUUCCCCCACAAACACGAACAGUGCGACACAUAAACAGAUGAAUGCGAACAGCGCCGUGACGGCGCAGGCGACGAGCACGAACACUGCUGCAGGAGCCGCAGGCACAACAGUGCCACCACCGCGUCUCAAGCGGAAGCUGCAGGAAAAUGUGCAGACGAUACAAAAGCUGAAUGCGCUUACCGAGCAGCUGAGGCUGGAGAUCAACGAGCUGAAGUCGAGCUUGACAACUGAGCGCGGCGCUGUUCGUGUGUUGCGUGCACAAAAUGAAGCAGAGACAAGAAAAUGGCGAAAUGAAGUGAAGAGACUACAAAAUUCUCUCGAAAAUUUGAAAAAGAACACCACUUUGCCGCUGAUCGGCGCCAAAAAGGCGACAGAUGCAGCCAAUGAAAACUUAACAAAUGCUUCCGUAGCUGGCAUCACAACCAACUAUGAAGUACAAAGACUGACAAAUGAAGUUAACGCGCUGAAAGAAGCGAAUAGAGCCUUAGAAGAGAAGAAAAUGAUCAAUGGCGAUGCUGAUAGACGUAAAGCAGCUGAUAUGCGCACAUUGAGAGAUACCUACGAAAUCCGAUUGACUCAAUUAACAAAAUCUGCCAAAACUGAAAUAUCACGUCUGCUGGAGGAAAUAAAAACCAAAGAACGUAAUAUUGGGCAACUUAAGAAAGAAAUUCAAACGCUUCAGACGCGGCCGCAGAGCCAGUCUGAAGUAAAAAGCAGAAAUGCAACGACCAAUUCACAAACGACAAAUAAAACGACGAAACCAAAGAAAAAUAACAAUAACAAUAAAAUAAAAAAUAAAUCAACAAAAAAUAGCGUAAACGAAACCAAUGCUUCCGCUUCCGCUUUGUCGAAAAAAUCGGAGGACAGCAAGGAUAUAGCCACAGGAGAGGCUCAACAUCCAAAUGAGGUGAAAAAUCUCAAGGAUAUUGAGCUGAUCAACAAUUCAAACAUUUUUAUACAAAGUAAUAUUAACUCGACGGCGCCGACGACAGGCGCAACAAAGGAUAACGGAGAAACAACAACAAAUGCAAACAAAAUACUCACUCAUUCACAAAGCAAUCUCAAAUUGCAACCACUGCAAAAUGUUAGUUUUAAUUUAAAUGUAAAUGUCGACGAUGAACAAAUUCACAACAACAGCAACAACCACAUAACGUCAACCAUUAACUCAUCACCAUCAACAACAACAACAACAACAACAACAACAGCUACAACCACACAUAAUGCGAUUUGUAACAAUUUACUAAAAACAACAACAACCCACAAUGCGAAUGGUAACAAUUUACUAAAAACAACAACAACAAGAUGUGCACCUUUGGAAGUGCAUAGUGCGAGCGUGCAAUUGAUGAAGCCGCUUGAAGCAGCGGCGAUAGAAGUGCAGCCAAUUGAUAAAUUAGCAGCAACUACAACAAAUUCGACAAUUGUAGACAACAUGUGUACAACAACAACAGUCACUUCAACAACAACACAAACGGCGAACGGAGAUGAGCGACACCACAAUGAUAGAAUGCAUGACGACCGAAUGAAGGAUAACAACUCCGACUCGGACUCGGCGCUCUCAUCUGCCCCGCCAUCGAUAAGCCCACAGCCGCCACCGGCGGGCCUGGACACAGCCGAUAUCUGGCAAAUGAUUCGCACCUACAGCACCGACUUGCAGAAGCUGCAGAAAGAUAAUGAAAUAUUGCUGAAGGAAAACGAACACUUGCAUGCGGAACUGAAUUUGGCCAAGGACCACAUACUCGACGCCGAGAAGUCAACCUUGGAGUUGAAUAAUAAUGCGGCAUUACAACAGCUUAUGUUGCGCAUAAAACAACUUGAGGAGCAGGAGCAUCAGCUGAGCACGGAGGCGGACGAGUUGCGUGAGCAGAAUGAACUGUUGGAAUUCCGCAUACUUGAGCUGGAGGAGAACAAUGACAAGUGGUCACUGCAGAGCCAUGCAACUAGCCCCACUACUACAACAGACAAGUCACAAACAGUCACAGCAAACACUGCAAAGGAUAUUUGGACGAGUCGGGAAGAUCCGAUGCAGAUGAUCUUCGGCAAAUGUGGCAACGGAGAGGCAAAUAUGAGCUCGGCCAACGCAGCUUCACAUAGUCAGCAACAUGACGAAGAUGAAGUCAAUCUAACGGAUCCCGCCAAUGAAGAGCUACGCCAGCGCAUCACACAAAUGCUAAAGAAGUCGGCAUUAGAUAGCGACGACAGGCACUGCCUACAACAGCUGAUACAAUUGGUGCAGCAUUUGGACUUGAUGGCGCAGCGCAGCGAACCAAACUCGUUAAAUACGACGACGUCGUGUUCCAGUGACGAAGCCAGCAGUUUGGAAAUGGUAAAAUCGCGUAUAUCGGAUUACGGCUCAGCAUCCUCAGCGUCAAGUGCUCGAUCCACGCAUGAAGUCAGCAGCAGCAACCAUUCAAAUACAAAAUCGACCACAAAAUCUGCUGUAUCCGCCACAUCGCCGGCCAACGCCGCACGCAUAGUUGCCACAGUUUCGCCCUACAACAGUUCGCCCCAGCAUCAGGCAGCAUACAGCAAUAAUAACUGUAGUAGCAGUCAGCUGGUGCCCACCAAUACACCAACAGAUUCACCACGCAAGUCACGCCAAGCCUGGCAGAGCAACAGCCUUAGCGAGAGUGGCGUAUUCGUGGAGUCUGAUUUCUUGAGCGACGUCAGUGAGAAUAACGCCUGUACGCAGACCGAUUUCGAGGACGAGAGUGCCGUCGGCUACGCUGCACGGGAUCUCUGCAACGAACUUCAAAAGCUCCAGUGCACUGAUUCGACACGCAAAAGCGGAGUUCACAAUUUACCUGCCCGUUCGCCGAACACAUCUCAAUACUCACCAAAUUUAAGCGAGCAAAAACAAUUGCAGUAUUACAAAGAACGGCUGGCGCUACUUGAAAGCAAAGUACUUAUAUACGAGAGUUCUGGCGAUUUACAGAACAAGCGGUUAGCUGAUCGACUGCAACGUGAAAUUUUAUUGGAGAAGGAAUUGAAGGAACUUAGAGACCGAGUCGAAUUUUUAGAAAGUGAAAAUCUAACGCUUGAGGAGGAAAAGUGUGAAUUCGAAGAGGCUGAAAACGAUACACGUUUACGUCUACAACGGCUGGAGGUGGAGCUGGAAAUACUCAGUCAGCGCAACGUUGAGCUUGAGAUGUCCAGGGAGGCACUAAGUGCCAAGUAUAAAGACUGUCGUUCUGAGUGUUUGAUUUUACGCGAAGAUCUAGGCGUUAGCGAGACGCAGAUUCGUCAUAUUGAAGAAGAUAAGCAGAAAGCCAAAGAAAAUCUUGAGUUAUUACACAAUUUGAUACCCGCAAUUGUAGCGCACUACACCACGCUGGCGUACGCGCAUUGGACGAACAAUCAGACCAACGGCAAGCCAUAUCAACCAGACACAUUGAGCAACACAUAUCAGAUAGAAUUGUGUGCGAACACUGAAAAUAAAAUGGGUAAUGUAAUGCCAAUGGUUACCGAACGCGUAAAUGAUGUACUCCCCGCAUUUUCGGGCAAUCACUUCGAAAACGCAACGCCAAUAGCAAACUUUAACUGCGAAAAUCAAUUCUAUAGAAAUGAAACCCCCGAAGUGCCGAAUUGUGUGUGCCAGUACCUGAAAGAGGAAGUGAAGUGUUUGCGAAAUCAGAUUAAAGAUUUAAACUCACGCCACUACGAAGCCAUGGAAUCGGCUGAUACGCAUUGGGUGGAAUUGGAGCGUCAAUACAAGGAUCGCGAAGAAGCGUACCGUGCCAAGGAGUGCUGCCUUAAGGUGAAAAUACAAAAACUACAGGACUGUCUGCGCGAUGAUGCACGCGCUGCUAAUGAGAAGAUUUGUCAAUUGGAAGAGGCUGAAAGCGAACUGAAGAACUGUCUUGUACGCGUCUCCAAGGAGCACCGCGAUUUGCUAGAUGACAAUGAAUUUAUGCGUUGCGAAUACGAGCGACUGAAGGAGCAGUUAGAUACGUUGAAGGCACAGCAGAAGCCAACUCUAGACCAGCUUGAGCAAGAGAAGAAGCGCAAUAAGACGUUGAAUGAUGAAUUGAGCUUUAUGCGAAAAUUGCAAGCAGAGACCGAGUGUAGGAAUUUAGCUGAAAUGGAAUCACUGCAAGGACAACUGUUUGAAUUAAAAAAGGAAUUCCUGCACAUUGAGGUGACGAACAGUGAGCUCAAAGAAGAAGUGGCAACACUGGAACAGCAAAUUAUUAAACUGCAAAAUAAUGAGAAGGAUUUAGAAGACAAAACUCGAGUACUGCAAGACGAGGUCAAGAGCAAGGAGGAGAUGGUGCAGAAGCUGGAAAAACGCCUAGAACGUUCAGAAGGCUAUAGUUUGGCACAGGAGCUCAGCGGUAGCCCUUCGAAACGUUUCAAACGUGAAGAUGUUAAGGAUCUGAAAACCGCUAGCACGGGUUUAGGGAAUGCAUUGCGUAAUUUCAAGGAAUGUGAGACAAGUCUACCUUCACACCAACAGUUCUCAAGUGUUGCACGCGAUGUCAAACGUUUGGCAGAUAGUCUUCUGCAUGGCGACGCGGCCGACGAUGAGGUAAGCAUUACAAUAGAAAAUACUAAAGUAGAACUCCAAAAGUCCGAAAGCCCUGAGGCAGAGCUAGUGGCGGACGAUGUAAAUGCUGAGGAGAAUCUUGUGAUUCCCGAAAUAGAUAUUAAGCCAGAAGCUGACGAAAAUGAUGUAGAGCCUGCACUUGGGCAAGAUUUGACGAUUGCAAUGGCUUUGAUGCCACAAUUCGUUAUUGACGAAUGUCUCAUGCCCAUUUUCAUGCCACCCAAAGAAAAACCCACAUGUGUAAAGCAAAUUAGCGAGGUGCCUUCCGAGCUACGCAUGCUUUCAGCUGAGCCACGUGAGCCCACUAAGAUUUCUGAAACCUUUAAACGACUUUCCUUAGUAACAUCUCAAAGAAACCGUAAACGACGUAUUAAGCGUCGCGUUCUUCAAACUCGCGUACGUCGUAUUGUUUCGUGUUUCAACGCGCGUCGACCCACUCGUUUCCACGACGUCAUUGAUAUUGACAUAAGUCAAUCGGAGGUACUACAACGCUGCGAUAGCUUCCAUUCCUUGCGGGAAGAUCCCACGGAACCGCAUAACAAAAUAGAUGCCUGCACAGAAACUAUUUUCGACAAAAUCGAUAAAGAAACGGAAACUGAAGGCAUCUAUAUAGAGAGUAAGGAGAGCAGUGUGCAGGUGAAUGAUGAUAUGAAUCCCGAAAGGAUACUCGAUUGUGUGCCUUCACAGACGCGCAUGUUCAUCAAUCUACUGAAAACAUCGGUCAUACAAGAUACUCUAGAGGUAACGCAAUUUAAUAAGAACCUACUGAAACGUUGGGAAGCAGAUAAAGAGUUUCGUGACGGUCUGGAGAUAUUGCAAACAUAUUCAGUUUUCGACACCAACAAUAAUGAACAAGUAUCUGCCGAGAAUUAUGAGCACUUUGUGAACGCAAUGUCGUGCUUGCAUGUCCUCGAGGAGCUCUUCAAGCCGACUAAGGUGCCGAUCAUGCAACAAAUCGAGGAUCAAAUCAAUGAACAACUUAUGAGCUUCCAUACCAAGCGCAUGGAGUCGGAGUUCUAUUGCACCGUUUACUAUCCGGUGAAAAGAGAAAUUAACUCGGAAAAUACCAAUGAUUAUGAACUGCUCUUGACCAAUCCAAUGUGAAUACCGACGGUCACU